AUGGAUCCAAAGCUUUUGAACGCAAUUCAACAAAUCAACGCCCAACAAGAGGAAGUAAACAAAAUCAAUGCUGAAAUUCAAACACAAUUAGCUAAACAACAGUCUCUUCAAGCACAAAAGAAUGAAAACGAAAAUGUAAAAUUGGAAUUUGACAUCAUUGACGAAUCUAGCGGCGUUGAAGUUUUUAAGUUAAUUGGACCAGUUCUCGUUAAGCAGGAUUAUUCCGAAGCUAAAUCUAACGUUGAAAAACGAUUAGAAUUUAUCAAAAAGGAGGUGGAAAAUGCUGAAAAAAAGAUAGAGGAUUUACUGCAAAAGAAACAAACACUGGAGAAGAGCAUGGUUGAAAUUUCCAACUGGGUUCAACAAAGAGUUGCCCAAAUUCAACAACUUCAGAAGAAAUAA